UUUUCCCACCUUGCUUCUCCGAUCUUCCCCGAUUUGUUCCUCCCAUUCCGGUUCGCAAAGACCGAUCCCCAAAAACAGAAAAAAACCGAACCGGCGAAUCUCCGUGCUCACAUGGAGGCUCACGGCGCCGGCCUCCGCCGCAUCCUGGUGCUGGCCUUCUGCGUUGCCGGAAUCUGGUCGGCCUACAUUUACCAAGGCGUUCUUCAGGAAACGCUGUCGACCAAGCGAUUCGGUCCAGACGGUGCGAGGUUCGAGCAUCUUGCGUUUCUGAACUUGGCACAGAAUGUGGUGUGUUUGUUCUGGUCAUAUAUAAUGAUAAAGCUGUGGUCUGGUGGAAAUUCUGGUGGUGCUCCUAUGUGGUCUUACUGGAGUGCUGGUAUUACCAACACCAUUGGUCCUGCUAUGGGAAUUGAAGCAUUGAAGUAUAUUAGUUACCCCGCUCAGGUGCUGGCGAAGUCCUCAAAAAUGAUUCCAGUUAUGCUGAUGGGUACUCUAGUAUAUGGUAUAAGAUACACUUUGCCAGAAUACCUUUGCACAUUUCUUGUUGCUGGAGGGGUAUCAACAUUUGCACUUCUAAAGACUAGCUCAAAGACUAUAGGCAAGCUGGCACAUCCAAAUGCUCCCCUUGGAUAUGGGCUAUGCUUCCUGAACCUUGCUUUUGAUGGAUUUACUAAUGCAACUCAGGAUUCCUUAAAAGCAAGGUACCCAAAAACAAGUGCUUGGGAUAUUAUGUUGGGAAUGAAUUUAUGGGGAACCAUAUACAAUAUGAUUUACAUGUUUGGAUGGCCCCAUGGUAGUGGAUUUGAGGCAGUUCACUUUUGCAAACAGCAUCCAGAGGCAGCAUGGGAUAUUUUUCUCUAUUGCUGCUGUGGUGCUGUCGGCCAGAAUUUCAUCUUCUUGACUAUAAGCCGGUUUGGCUCUUUAGCUAAUACUACCAUCACUACCACGCGCAAAUUUGUUAGCAUUGUGGUAUCUUCACUAUUGAGUGGAAAUCCCCUCUCAACAAAGCAGUGGGGGUGUGUUUUUAUGGUAUUCUCUGGAUUGUCGUACCAGAUCUACCUCAAGUGGCAGAAGUUGCAAAGAAUACAAAAGAAGAGAAAAGCAAUGUGAAGCCCUUCAGCAAUUUUAAGUCAAAUGUUUAUGCUAUUGUAGCUAAUUUGGCGUUCAACCCUCGUUAUAUCACCAAAACCUUGAAGGUUCAAUGAACCAGAUUUAGGUUUAUACAAUAUAAUAUUUGUAAUUGUAAUUGGAUAGAUCCUUUUUGAGAAGUUCUUUUUCUUAUUCAUUGUGGCUUGUGCUAAUAAUUAGUUGCCUCUUUAUUGUAAUGAAGAGCUAGUUUUAGUUAUUAUAGCAUACUAGGGCAAAGACAUACUCUGUAAACAUAAUUUUCAGAUUAUCUUAUCUUCUCUCGUAUGUAAAGAAGAUGAUCCCAAUAUUGUUUGAG